UUUUUAGUUGGUCAAGAUGUCUUUGGAAGUUUCCUAAAGUCUGAGUUCAGUGAGGAGAACAUUGAGUUCUGGCUGGCUUGCGAAGACUAUAAAAAAACGGAGUCAGAUCUUUUGCAUUGCAAAGCAGAGAAAAUAUAUAAAGCAUUUGUGCAUUCAGAUGCUGCUAAACAAAUCAAUAUUGACUUUCGUACUCGAGAAUCCACAGCCAAGAAGAUUAAGGCUCCAACCCCAACGUGUUUUGAUGAAGCCCAAAAAGUUAUAUAUACUCUUAUGGAAAAGGACUCCUAUCCCAGAUUUCUCAAAUCAAGUGUUUACUUAAAUCUUCUGAAUGAACUUCAGGCUAAUAGUCUAAAGUGAUCAGUUCCUAGCUGGAGAGAACUGAAGAUGGUAUCAAGGACAGAAGAAAUGUGCCAGCUAAAGGGUCCUUGGGUGAACAAGCUGGCCCUUUUGAGUGACUCCACAGGCCCAGGGGAGAAACAAAUGAUUCACCAUGGAUUAACACGGAAGUUAUCCAGGCUCAGGGUUGAAGAAACAUGAACAAGAUGAAACCCAAGAGACAGUAAAUGGAAGGAGACACUGUGGUACUGUCGUAGAAAAAAGUGGACAUAUCAGAAAUAUCCCUCAGACCUGAGAAGGCCGGGAAACUCCAGUUGCACAGAAACUGUGAAUAAACGUUUUGAAACUGAUUAAAACAUGCUAUAAGCUUUGAGGUCAGCUGAUAUUUAUGCUACAUAGUAUUAUAUAGAGAUUUAUCGAGCUGCUGACAUGUCUUUAACUUGGAUGACUAUUUGGGAAAUAUGUGUUUGAAACCACAGUUGCUAUUAUUGAUGCAAAAAGGUUUUUAGUGUUGUUGUUUUUUUUUGGUUUGUUUUUGACUUGAAAGAGAUGAAGAAGAGAACAAUGUAUUUAACUUAAGCUGUUGCUCUGAAAGCUGGAAAGUCAGAAUUUAUUUGUAAAUUAUGACAGUGUCAGUAAUAAAUGAGUUUUGUAUUAAAAUAUGUAGAAGCAA